ACUAAAGCCAUAUUAAUACUGCAAAUAUCAAUUUACCGCGUGAUGCACAAUGGACCAGAGUAACGGAGAACGCCGUGGGAACCAGCCGGAAUAUCACCGGAACCCUCAUUCUGCGCCGCCGAAUUGGCCUUCCGACGAGACUGUCUCUCUUAACGACGACAAUCAUAGAAGAAACUUUCCCGGCGAUGGCAACCACUACAAUCGCCGCCAACAUCACCAUCACCACCACCACCACCACCAAAACCCCAAUUCCGAGCAAAAUUUCGGUGGUUCUCCGCUUCUUUCAGCUCGUAAGAGACCUUACGAUCAAUCAACAUCUGACUCUCAGGUUCGUUUUGGAUCUGUGAAACUCUAUGUUGUAGGAGUACCAAGACCAGCUGAAGAAGAAGACGUUCGUUCUGUUUUUGCUGAACAUGGGAAUAUUGUUGAGGUUGUUCGGCUCAAGGAUAAAUCCACUGGUUUGAGGAAAGAAUGCUGUUUUGUGAAGUAUAGCACGCUAGACGAAGCUGAUAGGGCGAUUGGAGCAUUCCAUGGUCGAUAUACUUUCCCUGGGGGUGAGGUUCCCUUAAUAAUUAGGUAUGCUGAUGGGGAACGAGAACGUCUUGGAAGCUUGGGUGAACACAAUCACAAACUUUAUGUUGGUGGUCUGAGGAAACAAGUUUCCAAAAGAGAAGUUGAGCAUGUAUUUUCUCCAUAUGGAGUUGUUGAAGAAGUCUUUUUCUUGCUUGAUGAACAAAAACAACGUCGUGGAAGUGCUUUUGUCAGUUUUGCUUGUAAAGAUAUGGCGGUUGCGGCAAUGAAUGCACUACAUGGUACCUAUGUAACGACGAAAGUCUGUCAUCAGCCGUUGAUUGUUCGAUUUGCGGAUCCUAAGAAGCCCAAGCUGGGCGAGUCGAGUUGGGACAAAAAUCAAAGCACUAAAGAACAUGGUUUUCUUGCAAGGGCGCCAUCCCAUAUGAAUGAGCAAUUUAAUGGGAAUAUAGCAGCUAACCAGUCUAAUCACCAGAGUCCAAAUAAGACUCCAAAUAACAGAAGCAAUCCUCAGACAGUUUUCAGCACUUAUGUCGGAUCAGAUAAUGUUUUGCCAUCAGCUGCAUCUUCUGUCAAUGCAAGAUCUUUAAAUGGUGAGAUGGUGGAGUCUAUAGAUUGUGAAUGGAGUGAACAUAUCUGUCCUGAUGGAUUCGUAUAUUAUUAUAACUGCAUGACGUGUGAAAGCAGGUGGGAGAAGCCUGAAGAAUUUGCACUUUAUGAAAAGAAAUUGGAAAAGCUAGAUCUGCAGCAACAGGAUCAGCGCAAUUUAAGACUUCCAGUUCGUAAUAAUCCAGAAGUUUCUCAAAUGCGUCAGGAACUCGAAACAGGAAGCUCAACGGUUCCUCUGGCUUGUGUCUAAACAGCAUUGGUUUUCAUUUUCGAAGUGGCUAGAACUGAAGCGAAUGGUAUUGGAUUUUCAAAUACAAGUGAGACUGACAGUGAGAGGCAACAUUUCUGAAGACUGGAUUUCUUGGAAUUCAGGUCUGGUUAUUCUGAGUAUGCAAAUUUGUACCACAUUUCAAUUGCUUGAGAUUUACUGUGAGGCUGUGAGCUUCAGUAAUUCUGUUAGGUACUUCCAGAUUAGUAGCAAAUAUGACUGUAUAGUUGUAUAUUUGGUCUAAGCUUUAGGUUUCUUUGCUUAUUCUCUGUGUUAGUGGAAUAUUAAAUUAUUACUAGUACAGCUGUUGUUGCAAUUACCUUUCCGUU